AUCCAAAACAAAUCCGCUUGAUUCCUUUCUACAUAGAAUAUUUGUGGUCAGAAACAGUUCUGGAUUAGUCUCCCUUUGUUUAUAUGUGUGAUCUCGCGAGAUUAGGUUGUCAACGAGACAAGUACAAGAGGACCGAAGUUGUAAACAUUUUCAUAAUAUUUUGAGAGAUCCUCAAUUUACACAGAUAUAAUGGACGAUUUUCAGUCAGCCGAAGAGACAGCAUUUGUUAUUGAUGAAGUGACAACCAUCAUUAAAGAGGCUGUUGAAGGAGCUAUUGGAGGAAACACAUAUCAACAUAAUAAGGUUAACCAAUGGACUUCAAAUGUUGUAGAACAAUGUUUAAAUCAACUAACAAAAUUAGGCAAACCCUUCAAAUAUAUUGUAACAUGUGUAAUAAUGCAGAAAAAUGGUGCUGGUCUUCAUACUGCUAGUUCAUGUUAUUGGGACAACACAACUGAUGGUAGCUGUACAAUUAGAUGGGAAAAUAAAACCAUGUACUGCAUUGUCAGUGUAUUUGGAUUGGCUAUCUAAAACAUUUCCAGGAUGAAAGACAAGAAAAGAGGAGUGGUUUGAGGGAUAUUAUGACAUGUUUGGAAUCUCCAGGACCUGUAUCUAUUAAGACUUUCUGUCUGGAGACGUGGCUUCUUUUCAUUUUAUGUCAAUGUGUAUAAAUUAUUAUUUAUUUUGUUAUUAUCUCACUUGUUUUGAUUUGCAUUUUGAGUUUUAGAACAAAUAUUGGUACAGGGAUAUUAUUAUUGACCUAAUAUCACAUCAUCUAUGAAAUCUUAAUUUUAAUCCUUUACUCUUGUCAAUUUGAAAAAUUGAAUUCUGUCAGUUGUUUCAAGGAAUAAAUAAGGGAAUAUUUCAAAGUUAUCUUAGAAAUUCUUCUUUGUCAACAUUGACGUUUCUUGUAAGCCACAUUCAACUUAACUCAUUUGUAUAACAAAAUUUAGUUAUCAAGUUUCAAUAGAAUAUUAUUGUAAAUUGAAAAGCAUUAUUAAAUGUUGAAUUCCACAUCUAAAUAAAAUUUUUAUGUAUUCAU